AUGGCGCGUCCCGUCAAGCAGCAAAUCGCGGCUCCGUUCGUCCCUCCCCAUCGCUCGCCCAUAGCAAAAUCCGUCACGGCAGUCGUGACAGACGCAACGGUCGCGGCGGGAAUGACGGCGCUCGUCGACCCGCUGUUUCGCGCCGUCGCUCUCGCCCUCGUCGACCCCGUGCACUACCCGCUACUGCAGUCCGCCACCCGCGCGAUAUUCGCUGCUGCAGCCCGUCGCCCCACCGGCUCGAGUCGUGCCCCACCCGUUCCACCCGUUCUGCCCGUGUCCUGCCCGUGUUCUGCCCGUGAUCCUGCCCGUGAUUCUGCCCGUGAUUCUGCCCGUACUGCUGCCCGUGAUUGUGCCCGUGAUUAUACCCGUGUAUUGCCCGUACUUCCCCGUGCUUGCCCCGUGCCCGUGCCCGUGCUGUCUGCCCGUGUUCCCUGUGCUUCUGCUCGUGCUCUACCCGUGCUGUUUGUUCCCGUGCGUGCCCCACCUGUACCACCCGUGCUACCUUGUGCUCCUGUGCUGCCCCCGUGUUCCCGUGCUGCCCCCGUGUUCCCAUGCUGCCCCCGUGUUGCCCCCGUGCUCCCGUGCUGCCCCCGUGCUCCCGUGCUGCCCCGUUCUGCCCGUGUUGCCUCGUUCAGCCCGUGUCCUGCCCCGUUCUGCCCGUGUUGGCCUGUUCUGCCCGUGCUGCCCCGUUCUGCCCGUUUGUGUCCUACCCGUGCUGUCCGUACCCGUUGA